UUACCAUCAUCUGUAACAGCAGUUUCCGUUCUAGCUAGUUCAGGGAAAAGCGAGCCGAAGAAGAAGAGCUCCACUUCGCUUAGUUUGUUUACAUCAGCAGGAGGUGACAGAGCAGAGGCAGUUUGGCUCAAAGUUUGAGUCUGUGACUUAGUGUGAUUCAUCCCAUGGGCGCGUUAGCUUGUCUUUCAGCGCUGUGCUGGCUGUGGCUUUGGUCGCUGGUGUCCAGCGAACAGGUGGCUUUUGUAGAGGUGUUUCUGGAUGACCAUCAGCAUGUUUUGCAGGGCGAGGUGGUCCAGGGGAGUCUGGAGAACGACCUCAUGGAAAACCACAGCAAAAAGAAACAAGACCUCAAUGGAGACCUCAUAUUAAUAAAAGACAAAGCUAUUAAAACCACCAGUGAAAGCAGUGAUGGGAAGGAUCUGAACCCCUGGAUUGGAGUGGUACCGGUCCAGAUAAAGGAAGGCACAGUUUCCAGUAACAGCAACCAGGAGUCGUUUGCUGCCUCUGUGGUCAAUAAGAUGAAGCGUGCUCUUGUUUUGGGUGCAUCUGCUUUGAUCAUCCUGGCUUUAAACCAGAAUACUGUCCGAGAGAUGGAUCUCUCUCAGGUCCUCUCAAAGCCAGUCAUUAUCAUUCAGACAUCAGAAAAUGUCACUAAGCUCAUUGGAGCACUCCUCAGGGGCCUUCAUGCAACAGCAAAAAUCACUUACAAGUCUUUUCUACAGGACACUCUGGGGGCCACCUUGACCCUGUGGUCCAGCUGUGGACGUUCGAGAGGAGGGUUGUACGGGGAAUGGCAAGGGGUCAUCUGCACCGGGGAGACCAACUCUCAGGUCCAGAAAUAUCUCCAGCAGCUCUGGAACACUGUUGUUCUGGUGGCCCUGGUGCUCUCCACAGGGGUCAUAGUUCAUGCACGCUGGCAGCUCCAGGACAACCAGCUUAAUGAUGAUUUACAGUCAGACCUAAAGCAAGACAUUUUAAAGAGAUUAUCAGCACUGAAGACGAGGAUAUACCGGCAACCCAAAGUGAGAAGAUCAUGUGACCCAACACAAACUCAACCGGUGGAGAUGGACAGUUGUGCAGUUUGUCUGGAGCAAUACAACAACAACCAGUGUUUGAGGGUGUUACCGUGCCUCCAUGAAUUCCACAGAGAUUGUGUGGAUCCCUGGCUGCUCCUUCAGCAGACCUGUCCUCUCUGCAAACGUAGCGUGCUUGGUCAUUUUUACUAAGCUGGACCAGGAAGGACUUUGAAUUUCUAUGAGUUGGAUUGACUCUUCUUUUUCAAACUUUACAUGGCAACUAAACCCCUCCACUGUACUGUAAGGUCAGAAUAUCUCCAUUUGACCUCUACAAAGACUAUAAACCUUGAGUUCUCUUUCAAGAGACCACAGGAGUCAGGACUAGUUCCUGGUCUUUGGUCAAACCACUUGUGAAGUUUCUUGAAGGUAGGUCCUUGUACAUGGGAUCAGUUAUUUUGCGCACAUUUCUUGAGCCGGCUCAAAGAUUUACAGAUACACGGAUUGUGAAGUCACAUGCACAGCAAAAAAAGAAAUAUUUCAGAUCUCUUCGAAUUAAGGAAGAAUCAUACACCCUCAAGUCUCAAUUUUUUGUUUAAACAAGGGUUGGCACAAAGUUUGGAUAAAAUCCUUAGAGAGAAAAAAAAAAGAAAGAAAUAGUAUCUGUCAGUACAAUAUCACUCAACCUUUUCCUCUGAUACGAGACCAGGGCUGGUGCCUAACUUAGCCCUUUUCUACCCUUUUUCACCAAAAAAGAUGCCGUGAGCUUGAAGUUGUGAUAUUUACAUCUUUUGAGAACAUAUAAAAUGUUUCUGGACCUUUAAGCAGAAACAUUAUCAUUAUGUUUGUUUGUGAUACGCCAUUGUUUGGCCUCGUCAGCUAAACCUCUAGCUCCAGUACUAGCACCAAUCUGGAGAAAAAGAGGUAUGUUAAUCAGGUCUGUUACUCGAAACUACACGGUAAAGUCAAAGAUACAUGCAAGUAUCAGUAUUCCAUACAAAGAGUUGCAAGGAUGCCCUGUGCCUUCUUGCUACACAGAGCGACUUUUAUUAUUACUGUGCUCUUAAAGAGAAUUAACAGAGACUGUAAGUACAUUUACAUGCAUUUUAGAAGUUCAGUUUCUCUUCAGUUUAGUUUUGAAAUGUCAUGGAAAUGCUUCAUUCUAGUCAGGGUUUUGCAUAGUUGGACUAAUGAACCUAUGCUACCGUUCAAAAGUUUGGGGCCGGUUUAAUAAGAAAUUAAUACUUUCAUUCAGCAAAGAUGCAGUAUAUUGAUUAAAACUUUCUAUUCAUUAAU